AUGAGGAAGUGGAAGCGCCCGGUCGCAACCGACGGUGGCCGAAAUCGGGCCCAACAAGCAACCAAAUUCAGCAACCAACCGGUGGUCCGAACGCGGCACCAUCUUGUGACCGGUGGCGCCACCUGGCUGCAGGCGGCGGCACUACUCGCCGUCGCCAUCACGAUCAACCUCACCUGUACCGGAGUCAGCAGUCAAGUGUGUGGUCCUCCGGCGGUGCCUGCGAACGCGAAAGUGCACACGGAGAAGGCAACCGAUGGCACCGGAGGGCUCAAAUCGGCCAGGUACGACUGUGAUGCCGGUUACGAGCUUUUUGGACCGGAGACGAUCCGUUGCGAUCCCGGCAAAGGAUGGGAUCGCGAGCUGCCAUUUUGCGGCACGAACGUGGCGUACCGUAAACCGGUAAACCAGUCAUCAGCAACCCGCUCAGGUCCGGCCGGGUUUGCUAACGAUGGUAAACCAGGCAAUCAGAACCCCGACGGUCAGGAAUGCUCGGAAACCCAAAAAGAGGUCUCACCCUGGUGGCGAGUGGAUCUGCUCACACCGGAAGCUGUCCGCGUCGUGAGGAUCACCACACGCGGUUGCUGCGGUCAUCAGCCGCUGCAGGAUCUGGAAAUACGUGUCGGCAACAGCAGCAGCGACCUCCAGCGGAACCCACUGUGUGCCUGGUAUCCUGGCACGGUGGAUGAAGGCACAACCAAGUCGUUCACGUGCGCGCGUCCACUUAUUGGCCAGUAUGUCACGGUACAGCUGGUUGGUGUCGAGAGUAGCCUGAGCCUGUGCGAGGUGGAGGUGUUCUCGAACGAUGAGUUCUCGUCCGAUCGGUGCGCAUCACCGAGCCUUAGCGUCGAGACGGUGUUGACGACGUUUGCAAAGACAUGCUACGAGUUUCACAUCACACGGGGUGAGAGCUUCGAGAAGGCGCGUGAGGUCUGCAAAUCGCAUGGUGGCGAUUUAAUACACGACUUCCGGGGCGUCACGACGGACUACAUCAUCUCGGAGUUGGAGCGACGUAAGACCGAUCUUCGCACGCAACUCGUGUGGAUCGGUGCCCAGAAGGAACCGGGCAUUACGUCACGAACCUGGAAGUGGGUUAACGGUGAUACGGUGGUCAAACCGACAUGGGGCAAGGACCAACCGAACAACUACAAUGGCGAGCAGAACUGUGUCGUCCUAGACGGAGGACGCAGCUGGCUGUGGAACGAUGUCGGGUGCAAUCUCGACUACCUCAACUACAUCUGUCAGCAUAGUCCGCUAUCCUGCGGUUCUCCAGAGGCGCUAGUCAACACCACCGUCACUGGACGUAACUAUUCUGUUGGGGCGAACAUCACGUACCGUUGUCCAGUAGGUCACUCGCUGGUAGGUGUUGAGAUGCGCAUCUGCCAGCAGAAUGGUGUCUGGAGUGGAUCACCACCAGCGUGCAAGUACGUUGAUUGUGGAGCACUGCCGGAGGUCGAGCAUGGUGGUAUCAUUCUUUCGGAACAACGAACUAGCUUCGGUGUGCAGGCGUCCUACACCUGUCAUGAGAAUUACACCCUGAUUGGGAAUGAAAAUCGCACCUGCCAGACUGGUGGGUGGUCGGGUACGCAACCUAAAUGUCUGAUCGAUUGGUGUCCGGAACCUCCACCGAUCCAAGGAGGUCAAAUUAAGGUGUCUGGACGACGAGCAGGCUCGACGGCGUUAUAUAGCUGUGAUUACGGCUUUGUGCUGAUCGGUGAACCGGUGUUGUCGUGCGGGCUUGGAGGCAACUGGACGGGGAAGAUACCGGUGUGUCGGUACGUGGACUGCGGCAUGCCAGCACGACCUGACCGAGGUAACAUGCUGCUGUUGAACGACUCCACAACCGUCGGUUCGGUGGUGCGAUACUUCUGCGAUGACGAUUACUGGUUGGUUGGGCCACAGGAGCUGUACUGCACGAAGGACGGCAAAUGGUCUGGAAGUGCGCCAGCGUGCGAAUUGAUCACCUGCGAGACCCCUCACGUGCCACCGGGUUCGUACGUUAUAGGGUAUGACUACAACAUCCACUCGUCGAUCCAGUACCACUGUGAUCCAGGCCACAUCCUGCGUGGUGAGGACAUCCUCACCUGCCUCGAAUCAGGCCAGUGGAGUGGUGAUGCUCCAGACUGUGAGUACGUCGAUUGUGGUCCAUUAACACCGGUACCGUUCGGUUCACAUCGUUACCUUCAAAAUGCGACCUUCCUCGGCUCGGAGGUUGUGUACACGUGUGCCAACUCACAUCGCCUUUCGGGUGCUACUCGACGUACCUGCCUCGAUACUGGGCUCUGGAGUGAGGCGGCACCACGCUGUGAAGAGAUCCGCUGUACCGAGCCGACGUUGACACCGCACAGUUUCGUGAGCGUUACUGGCAACGAUCGGAUGUACGGUCGAACGUUGAUACGUACCUCAGAUGCGGCAGCUUCAGAUGCUCAAACGUUCCGUGUUGGAGCUCUGGCGAAGUACCGGUGUGAACGGGGGUAUAAGAUUGUCGGUGAAGCGUUGAUCACCUGCGAGGAGAACGGAUUGUGGAGUGGCGAGAUCCCGGAGUGUGUCUACGUUGACUGCGAAAUACCACGGAACGUAACCAACGGAAGGGUGACACUGGCGACCAACGCGACGUACUAUGGUGCGGCGGCUUUGUACGAAUGUGAAGGUAACUUCAAGCUGGAUGGAGUCUCUCGUCGGCUCUGCCUAGAGGACGGCACCUGGAGUCACGAGGCACCCGAAUGUGUGGAAAUCACCUGUGACGAAAUGGCGAUGCCCGAUAACUCGCUGGUGGUGGCGUAUGGUACCCGGAAGGUGGGUGUACGGGCGGAGUUCAGCUGCAGUAAAGGCCGCUAUAUGGUCGGGAAUGGAACCCGAACCUGUCUCGCCACCGGUCACUGGUCGGGGCGUAAUCCUGUGUGCAAGCUGAUCGACUGCGGACGUCCGGCAGAUAUCGAGAACGGGCGGGUGAUCGUCGUCAACGAAUCCACAGUGUACGGAGGUUCGGCAGAGUACCACUGCGUCCCGCAUUACAAUCGCAUCGGUCCGUACCUGCGCAAAUGCAUGGAUGAUGGCAAAUGGAGUGGCGAAGAACCACGCUGCGAGUUGAUCGUAAACGACGCACAGGAAACGAGCAGCCUCGGUACGGGCAUCGCGAUUGGUGCCGCCAUCAUCGUGAUCCUGCUGAUCCUGAUCGGUGUCCUGUUUCUACAUCGCAACAAAGCGCGCCCGGUGAAGAACACCGAGAAUGUGCAGGCAGCUGAACACAAGGAGGAUCAAAAUGCGGCCGUUAUGUCGUACUCGAGCCUCGAGAAUGGUCGGCACAACUUCGAUCUCACGAACCGGGGUGGAUUGGUUACGUUCAACACCUUCCAUCAGUCGCCUGGUCAUCAUCCUCCUCCACCCAGUCAGAUGGGGCAUCAUCACAACAACAAUAACAACCAUCUAAGCAAUGCUAGUGGUAACAGCAAUGGAGGUGUACGCGGUACCGAGAACAUAUAUGAUCAGAUACCGAGCGAGCAGUUCUAUGAUGCGCCGUAUGAGAUGCGCACGAAUGAGGAGGUGUACGAGCCGGAACCGACGAGCCGUGGCAAUAUCAUCACCAUCAAUGGGGUGAGCGUCCGGUGA